CAACCAGGUCCUCGGCAACACCGCAGAGCAAGGAUCUAGUGAGAGAAACCAUUUGAUCACUCAAUCCUCGCCAGUAUUACUGUAGCCAAUUCCAAGAGACAAAAUGCAGGCGGCUUUCAGUCUCUCAACACCAACAUCAAUCACACGAUCAACCAAGAGCCCACCAUCGUUGUACAAGACCAAGCCAAGGACGAAGACGGUUCUUCCAUGCCCACAAGUCAAGACGACUGCUGAGCCUCUUGCAUUCAACUACAACUCUACUUUUUCCGUCUUCCCAGCAGAAGCAUGUGAGGUUGUGGGAGGAGCUGCAUGUGCCACCAUCGUGUGCCCGGAUGUGAAGCCCAGAGCAGAGACCGCCGGAAACUAUGGACGCUGGGUGCUGGCUGAGCAGGUGGACAGAGAAUACCUGCAGUACGAGGAGGCCAAGACAGUGUUUCGAUCUGAGGCGUGUGAUGAUCUCGGAGGUGAAUUCUGUGAGGCAGAGUAUCAGACGGGAGACUACUGAUCACAAAAGAAGCUGUUCCUUGUAGAAUCAUAUAUAUCCCUUGCAUGUCUUCCCUUUUAGAUUGCCAUUCACUUAGACUCAAAAUACAAGGAUCCUGCAGUGUGCCAAAAAUCAGAGAGAGAGAGAGAGAGAGAGAGCUUGUAUGGUUCUGGUGAAUAGAUAUAUCUAAUAUCCCCCUUUGGUGCUGGAA